AUGAUGCACAAGUAGGCGUGGUCAAGGCUGUUGCUGCUAGCUGGUGGCGUCACCUUCCAAUUGUACUUCUUUAACGCUGGAAAUGUCUUAACCUGGGCACGAUUGUUUCGAUCAAAACAAGGGUGUGAAAUUCUGACAAGAAGUUGAUAGCAUGCAUCUGCAGAGAGGUCAACAUGGCGAAGGCAUCAGCUAAAUAGAAAAUGGUGACAGUUUUGCCUCCGUGAGCAUGCAGACAUGGACAUCCUCAGGCGAGCAUGCAGAAUCAUGGCCAGGGUCAGUACGUUCAGAUCCUACCAGUGUGUGCUGCUCCUGGCCUGCUCAUUGGCUGUGGUGGCGUUUUACUACUUCGGCUCAGAGAAUCACAACUCCUCCAGCACCACCAAGAGGAUCAAGCAGGCUCAGUCCAGCCACAACGCCAACAGAAACGACGCAGACCUGACCGCAGACAUGAGGUCAUCCCAUCUGGAUGGAUCUGAGGAGGAAACACCAGAGGGUGACGGCUUUUGGUUUAGAAAAAGAGAUGAAGGAACCGCUGACGGACGCUACCAUGUUCUCAUGAUGUUCACGAAAGUGGACAAAAGCCGCAGCCUCCAGGACAAGUUCAGGGUGGCCAUGUUGUCUAUGGUGAAGCAUGCGCAUUUCUUGGAAGGAGAGAUUCUGGUGCUUCAUUUUGUCAGUGAUCAGGCCAGUAAAGAGCUGGGCGAGAAGAUGCUGCAGGAAUUCCUCACACGUGCAGUCUUCAAGUAUGAGGUCGUGUUCCACGACGUGGCGGCCCUCACACGCAACCUCUUCCCAAUUGUGGAGGCCAUGCAAAAACACUUCAGCGCCGGCUCUGGAGCUUAUUACAGCGACAGCAUCUUCUUCCUGUCUGUCGCCAUGCACCACAUCAUGCCGGAAGGUUUGACGCGCAUCGUGCAGCUCGACCUGGACCUGAAGUACAGGACCAACAUCAGGGACCUCUUCCAGGAAUUUGAUCGCUUUGCAGCGGGAGCUGUCAUCGGCAUCGCCAGAGAGAUGCAACCAGUGUACAGACACGCAUUCUGGCAGUAUCGCAAGGAGAACCCUAAAACCAGAGUGGGUGAACCGCCUCCCGAGGGUCAGCCUGGCUUCAACAGCGGCGUGAUGCUGCUGGACUUGGCUGCGAUGAGGAGCUCGGCUCUCUACAACCGACUGCUGGAGCCAAAAAACGUGGCCAAACUUGCUGAGCGGUACAGCUUCAGGGGCCACCUCGGGGACCAAGACUUCUUCACUAUGAUCGGCAUGGAGCAUCCAGACUUGUUUUACUCUCUGGCGUGCGGCUGGAACCGUCAACUGUGCACCUGGUGGCGGGACUACGGUUACAGGGACAUCUUUCAGUUGUAUUAUGGAUGCGACGGACCCGUUUAUAUCUACCACGGCAACUGUAACAGCCCCAUACCAGAUGAUUGAUGACAGGUACGAGACAUACAGUGUUUCAUCAUAUCACUGAAGAUGUUUUCCACAGAGCACACUCGUCUGUCCUUGCUGGUCGAGGCGCUACAGAGACCCUUUUCCCGCCACCAGUACCACGGCAGACUGAUGAAAAUGUAUCUUUAUUGUUGCUACGGUAUGUCUUCUUUGUUGUUGACAGCUUUUCUUCCCACUAUUUUUCUGUACGAUCAAAACACCACAAACUGUAGCAUCAGUUAGAGCUGCAGCACAGGUGUCCAAAGCACGGCCCGGGGCUAUUUGCAGCCCGCGGCUGUUUUUUUUGUUGUUGUUGGUCCGCAGCACAUUCGAAAAAUGUAAUUUAACGACAUUUAACAUUAAUUUAACAUUGAAAUAACAACAAAAAUGAUUUAAAAAAUCGGCAGUAAUUUUGCAAGCAUGACGUCCAAAUAUCAGGAGAAAGAAGUUGUAAUCUAACCAGAAAAAGUCAUUUUAUGAGAAGAACAUCAUAAUGUGAGGGAAAAGAAUGCAUUAUAUUUUAGUAGCAUAAAGUUUUUUAAGUUGUAAUAUUAUGAGAAACAAAGCAAAGAAUAAAGUUCCAAUUUUUAGAAAAUGAGAUGAGAACAAAGUCAAUGUAUUAUGGGAAUAAAGUCAUAAUUAUGAGAAGAAAAUUUACCAGAGGAAAGUGGAAAUAGUUGGGGAAAAAAAGAAAAGAAAAACAGUUGUCAUUUUUUGAGAAUAAAGUCAAAAUAUUAUGGGAACUAAGUCAUAAAUACAAGAACAAAAAUUGCAAGAAGAAAGUUGAAAUAGUUGGAAAAUGUAAAAGCAGAAAUGGAAAAAACAAAGUAUUAGUCCUACAUUUAUUUGAUCUACAUAUUUAGAUUCCUUGACCAUGAAAACAUAGCAUUAGCAAUUGGAUUCAUCAUGAUAUCAGUAUUAGUUCCGUAGUUAUUCACAAAAAUGGCAUUUUCCGUAAUGUCGGUUUUCUUCUGGAUCUACAGUAGCUGCAUAGCGUUCCAUAGAUUCCACGGGGUCUUGGCUUUAAUUAAUGGUGUUUGUUGCACGUUUAUAGCUUCAUGUCCUCUCUUUCUGUGAUGACACUUCCAAAGGUCCCCUAUUUUUGUUUCAUACUCUGCAUCAUAGUAUCCGCAAUUAUUCCGUGAUCUGGAUCAGUCUUUGAUAUUUUGUAGAACCUGUUGGAAACUUGUCCUGUAUUUUGUUUUUCCCCAACUGCUUGGACCAUUUUUUGUGGAAUUAGAUGCAAAAAUGCCAAAAACGGUCCUAUCUUGCAAUGUUAAAGAAUCCUUGAAAAAAAUUCCUGCAUCCAGACGGUGAUCCGGACCACCCCCGAAACGGAAUCAGUUCUUCUAUAUCCCAUUUCCGACAAUUCCUGAAAAUGUCAUCCAAAUCCAUUUCAGAACUAUUUUGAACACAAACAAACAGAUAAAUGCCUGGCGUAAACAUAACCCACUUGACCAUUUAGACAAAAAUGCGUAAAAUAAGCUUGAAAAUGCAUACUUGUGACUCCUAAUCUGCCGUAGUCAACCACAAAACUGCGACUGUCUAUGAAUGAAUAUAUUUGAGAAAAUCGGUGAAGACUGCACUAGUUUUAUGACGACGCCAGGGUUUUACGCCGUGUGCCGGGGCGUGUUCCGCGUCAUUGGAAAGCUUAGUUUGCUGAGGUUGGAGCGGCAUACAUCAUUCUAGGAUACAUUUGUAACCGCAGGAUCGGUACACACCAAUGUUGGACCAAAAACACAGAUGAAUGGGCGGGUUUUCGUCAUGAAAGCAAGGAACUCCUGUAUAACGCAGCAACGGAAAACAUGGACGGGGCGUCAACGUUGCACCUUUUUUGUUUUAUGUCUUUACAUUUGUGACAAAACGGUGUUGAAAGACGAGAUCCAGUGUCAGGAGGCCGUGGAGUUUUGGCCAAGGGCCUGCAGAUGGAACACCUUUGGAUCCCAACUUGUAGAAAAACUCGUGUAAAAUGCUCCAUUUUUGCAGUAUCAUUGUCAAAUGGGAAAUGGGAUGAGGUAAGGACUCCAACCAUGACCCCAUUUGGUUUCCCAGUCCACACCUCCAAACUACUUCUUUUGAAGGCACGUUUCUGAAAAAAUAUGAACUUAAAAAAAUUAUAAAUCCUUGUUUUCAGUAUUUCUCUUGAUAUUUUGACUUUACUCUCGAAAAUAACAGCGCUCUUUUUACAUUUUGACUGUUUUUUCUUUUAAUGUUCCAACUAUUUCAACUUUCUUCUUGUCAAUUUUCUUGUAUUUAUGACUUUAUUCCCAUAAUAUUUAGACUUUAUUCUCAAUAACAUUCCAACUUUUUCCACAACCUAAUUUUCCAAAAAUUACAACUUUAUUUGUUGUUUUGUUUCUCUUAAUAAUGACUUUUUUCUUUAAUAUUUCAUCUUUAUGCUACAAAAAUGACUUUAUUUUCCUUUAUAAUGCUGUGACUUUUUUUGUACAACGUUUGUGUCUUAAUAUUUUGAAUUAAAACUUGUAAAAUUACUGCUGAUUUUUCCCAUCUCUGCUUUUUUUUUUUUUUUUUAAAUUAGUAAAUUUUCCAUCCAUUUCAGCUAUCUUCUUGGAAGUUUUCUUCUUGUAAUUAGGACUUUAUUCCCAUAAUAUUUUGACUUUAUUCUCCAAAAAAUUGCAGCUCUUUUUUUUGCGUGUUUUUAUUUUGUAUCUGUUGUUUAUUUCUAUUUAUUGCUGGGUUUUUAUUUUAUAUUAUUAUUUUCCACCUAUUUGAACUUUUUUGGGGGGGUUCUUGUUAAAUUCUAUAUUUAGAAUGUGCCGUGAGCCACAAAUGGCCUCCGGGCUGCACUUUGGACACCCCUGCCCCAGGCGGAUCAAAUCAAUAUGAACAAAAGGCAAACAUAUGAGAAAAGAAGCAAAACUGUCCACCGCUGUUUUCCAAAGUCAAGGCCGUGCGUGGAUAUGCUGUUUUGGCUAAAACACAAAGCUAAUAGGUCUGCUUUCAUACUAGAUGUCCAAGGAAAUAAACAAAUAUUCACAUGUGAGAGGCUGAAAUCAGAGGAUUUUUUUCAUUGUUAAAUCCAAAUAUGAUUGAGUACCAAAAUAGUUGUUGAUUAAUUGGCUCAUGGAUCAAUUAUCGACUCAUCAUUCAGCAAAACCUUGUAAUGAUGAAAUUUCUAAACAAUUCUAAGGAUGUCAAAACUUCACCGUCUCUGUGAAAGAUAAACACGUCCUCCGAAAAUGGAUGUUCUGUUAAUCUUGGAAGACAUGUAAGCCCAUGUGUCUGCGUGAGUGUCCUGCUUUGAAGAAAAUAAACGGAUGACCGAAAAGAAGCCAUACGGGAUACGGUGAGUAGUGGAGAAGAUGAGCUGCAGAGCAAACCACGGGGAUCUCGUUGUCCAACAGUGAGAUUCAUGACUAUGCCGUCUCAAGUGCUCGCCCGAGACGUAUCACCGCCAUUUAUUUGCAAGAUAUGGAUUAGAAAUGAAGUUCUUGGAGGAUGGAGAGUGUGAACGCUGGCCGGCGAGGGUGACACAUAAUAUAUGACUCCAUCUCGCCGGAAUGAGGGCUCUACGUUGCCCUACUUCAAAAUGCACAGGGAGAAUUAACUUGCACCGUCCAGUUUGAGCUCCUCCGUGACUCUUUUCACCGGCUCCCACAGAGGAUUCAAGUUCACGUUCGAUGCAAACGACUCAAAGACAACCAGCCCUGACUGCAUAAUGUGGUGUUUGAUGGCAUGAAAGGCCAUGAUGGUGGACAGUGGCUCAUCAUCAGUGACCCCAUCGUGUGUGUGUGUGUGUGUAUGAUGGUGAUGGUACAUGACAAACCCUUGCAUUGUUGGUGAGUGCUGUCCUCACGUCGCCAUAAUAACAUGAAUGUGUGCUUUAAAUGUAGAUUACAGAGCAAUGGUCCUUACAAAAUGACUUCUCAUUGCACCCCGAACACCCAGAAGGUUUCCUAGAGAUACGGCAAGAA